AGAAGAAACAAAAAAGCACAAUCACCAUAUUGCGCGAGACUAAAUAUUCCUCUCGGCGUUUAAAAAAAUGGGUAAUGUUAAUCUCAUGUGCUGCCGGGCUCAGAAGGCAGGUAUCGCCGACUGUAUUGAUCUCUUUCUAUUUCUCUCCAGUCCCAUCUCCUUGCACAAGUGGUCACCUGUUCGACUUCGAAAACGUGAAUGAGGCAAAUUGCUUUCAGUCUAAUCCACCGGGAUCGGGUACAGUAACUCUGUCUUCAGACCGAAAGACCGUCAAGCAGGGACAAAAGUCCUUGAAGUGGAAAGCGACUGGUGCCUCAACGCUGCGACUUUACGCUGCUUCAACAUUCACCAUUCCUAACAGGUGGCUCUCCCGAGGAGGCGUCAAAGUGUGGUUGUACAAAGAAAACGCCUCACCUGGAAAAACCCUUACGGUGGAAUUCAAAAACACUGUCCAGCGUUCAGCUACUACCGUCGCUCGGUUUCAAGUGAAUCUUGAUUUUCAAGGGUGGAGAGGAAUUUGGGUCACGUUUUCAGAGUGCAAGUUGACAAGCACAAGCUUUUCCUCAGGUGCCGUGAUCAAUGAUGUCAACUUCGUCCUGAGUGAAGCCGACACGAUCCACAUAGACUUGUUAGAGUUUUCGCAGAGCGUUAGCAAACAGUCACGUGAUAAAAUUGUACCUCCCGUUAGUCCUUUUGGCUUAGAAUUGUAUGACGCAAGUAACUUUUGGCAACGGACGUACUACUGGAGUCAACAGUCCCCUCCUGCAUUGCCCACGACAGUUGAUCCAAAAAAGAUACAGAGCUUGGAGGUUAUUAAAAGCCGGCUCAGGAACUGGUACUGUGAUGAAACGAAAGCAUCGCCCAAGUUCCAAGGGACAAGUAUCAUCAAAAAUAGAUGGAAUUCCCUAUCGCGAAGUAUUAAAGACGCACAUUCAAAGUACCAGGCACUAAAAUUCGAUGGAAACAAAGUCAUCGGCCCACCUUUGUUUUGAAGAGACUGCAGAAACGGACAA